UCUCGUUUGCCACCUUCCGUCACCAAAUAAUCAUGGCGGAUUACAGAGAGGCGCCCUUGGCCACUCGGCCAAAAACAUUGGAUCCAAAUGAAUAUUUCAACCUUUCACCGGAACAGAGGCGCGCAGAAGAAGCGAGGGCUGCGUUACGGGCGAACUUGAAGAGGCAAUAUCAGCUGCAACUGAACAACCCGCAUAGAAAUGAGCUCAUUGAAGAUCCAGCGUUAACACGAUGGGUGUAUGCACGAUCGAACCCAUAUCCACACUUUAAAGCCACAAACAAGACAUCUCUGCUGGGUCUGAUAUUUGGAGUUGCGCCUCUCUUUGGGAUGUAUUACUUGUUCAAGACAGAAAGGGAUAGGAAGGAGGAGCAGAUUAAGGCUGGAACCUUGGAGCGCAAGUUCAGCUUGUCUUCAUGAACUCCACUGUAGAAAACCUUCCUGUAAUCUUCUAGACAUGAUUCUAGCGUGUGUCAUUAUUAUUAAACAAAUAAAAUUAUAUUGUCAUUCA